UAUUUGUUAAGCUUGCCUUCAUCUAACCCAGUGCUACUCACCACCAUUUACUUGGAACAGCAAACACAAGAAAAGACUAGCUUCUGAGAGGAGUUGCGUUGAGUUAACAAUUAUUUCUUCCUUCCAAAUAUUCUUCGUAGAAACUCUUGCUUAUUUUCAUUUGUUUCUCCUUUGUUGUUUGCCUCUUCACCUAUAGACAGCAAAACGGAAGAUUCAGCAAAAUGUUAAAGUCACAGGAUUCGUAUUCUUCUGAAGAAGAAGAUGACAUGUUGUGUCCCUUGUGUAUGGAAGAGAUUGACAUAUCCGACAAGAACUUCAAACCUUGCCAAUGUGGUUAUCGGGUUUGUAGAUUUUGCUGGCAUCAUAUAAAGGAAGACUUGAAUGGCCGCUGUCCUGCUUGCAGACGUUUAUACACUGAAGAAAACGUACAAUGGCGCCCCGUUACAGCAGAAGAGUGGAAAAUGGAUUUACAUCGCAAGAAUGAAAGAAAGAAACGUGAGAAGGAAAGAAAAGAAGUGGAAGCUUCGAAUAGAAAGCAUUUGGCAAAUAUUCGUGUUGUCCAAAAGAAUUUGGCCUAUGUAAACGGCCUGUCUCCUAAGAUUGCAAAUGAAGACAACAUCCAUAUAUUAAAGGGUCUUGAUUAUUUUGGUCAGUACGGAAAAAUAAUAAAAAUUGCUAUAAAUAAAAAAGCAGCCGCGAAUUCUGCAAAUGGCCACGUCGGAGUCUACAUUACUUAUCAAAGAAAGGAGGAUGCUGCGCGAGCUAUUGCUGCCAUUGACGGUAGUAUAAGUGAUGGAAGGCAUUUGCGUGCCUCAUACGGAACCACUAAAUACUGCACAUCGUAUUUGAGGAAUCAGCAAUGCCCGAACCCAUCUUGUAUGUACUUACAUGAACCUGGUGAUGAAGUGGACAGCUACACAAAAGAGGACCUUGCUUCUUUGCAACACACUCGUAGUUUGCCUGGAAAAGUGAACGGAAUUGCAACCGCUAAUCAUUCUCCUUCUCCUUCCUUACACUUUAAAACUCCUUUGUUGCCUAUAAAUAAACCGCUGAUCGACGGCGGCCCUAAUGCCUCUGAUGAACAUCAACAUUCAGGACAACCUUCGGUCCCGCAUCCUUCAUCCAAUGUUACUGCACCUUAUUCAUCGGCAGCAGCAGCAAACGUAACUCCUGGACAUACAACCACCAUCCUCCACCAUGAAGAGUCUUCUGCCCUGCCACCCACGGCUUCUUGGGCGAAGUUAUCUCCUACCGUUUUGCAAGAACGCCUUCGUGCUGCCGUAAACCAACAGCCUUUAGAUCCCUUAAAGUCACCAUCUCUAUCUUCUCAAUUACCUACUGUACAACAAUUGCGUUCCGCAAAGUUGCCCUCACAAAAGGAAAAUUAUGCAAAAUGGUUAGAUCUUGCCAUCCGCGAUUUAGCCACCCCUUUCAGCCAGACUUCCUUCAAUACGAAUGGUCUUGGCUUUAGUGACGAUGACCUUGAGAAGAUUAAAUCUUUCCCACCGUUGUUUGUGUUUAAUGCGCGUUCUGUCAUUAACAAACAGUUGGGACAAGAACUUCAAGCAGUGAAUGAAAAUACUGCUCCGAGAGAAAAUGAGCUGGCUCAAGUAAUGCCUCCGCCUGGAUUCUAAACCUUACCAUGUUUGCUUUUCGUUGAUUACUGACGCGAAUUUGUUACUUUUUUGUAGAUAUAAUAUAUCCUUAUCUUCACAAUCUAUCCUCAUAAUAUGUUCAUACGCAUACAAUAACAUAGCAUUAUAAAUACUUCAA